AUGAACCCCCUCACGUCGCGGUUGCUGAUGCAGCGGGGCCGGCCCAAGAGCGACCGGCUUGGGAAGAUCCGGAGCCUAGAUUUGUCAGGCCUGAAGCUGCUCUCGGAGCACCUGGACCCCAAGCUCCUGUGCCGCCUCAAGCUGCUGAAAGAGCUGGACCUGUCCAACAACCAGCUGGACACGCUGCCCGCCAACCUGGGCCUGAGCCACCUGCGUAUCCUCCACUGCGCCAACAACCAGCUGGGGGACAUCACUUGCCUGUCCCAGUUCCCACAGCUUGAGGAGCUCAGCCUGGAGGGCAACCACCACCUGACGGUCAGCGACAACCUGAAAAUCUCCUUUCUCCUGCCCAAGCUCCGCAAGUUCAACGGCAAGGAUGCGUCUUCAACUUUCUCCGAGGCGGAGAAUCUGAACCGGGAGCUGAUGAGGAGGGUCACUGCUUACUGGGAGGAGUUCAUGGCCAACCUAGGCCCCGAGAAGGAGACUGAGAAGGCCAAGGCGGACUUUGUGAGAUCGGCCGUCAAUGAUAUCCGCUACGGCUCCGAGUCCCUCAGCGAGUUCAUCCAGUGGCGGGUGCAGAUGAUUUCUGAAGAACUGGUGGCGGCAGGUGGGACCCAGAUGCCAAAGGCAGACAACUCAGAGAGGCCCGUGAAAGCCACAGCCACUCACAAGUCCAGGACCAGGAUGGUGACCUUGAAACGGCUUGAUGAUGCCCCACUCAGUGUCUCUCCCAGCAAGCGAGCCUGCACCUCCCUGGCAGCCCAGGUGGAAGGCAGCCCAGAGGGCUCUGAUGACAGCCAGCCUGGCCCGAAGCUACAGCCCACACACUUCCUGCAAUGUCACAGCAAGAACAACAGCCGUCAGGACCUGCAGACGCAGCUGUGGGCCUGCGCCUUCGAGCCUGCCUGGAACGAGGGACACUCGGGGGCCUCGUCCCAGACCGUGGCUACCUGUGGUGGGGAGGCUGUCUGCGUGAUUGACUGCCAGUUGGGCAUCGUGCUGUACAAGUACAAGGUGCCUGGCGAGGAAUUCUUUUCCGUGGCCUGGACAGCCGUGACAGUAGUCACCCAGACUGGCCACAAGACGCGCUGGAACGUACUGGUGGCCGCUGGCCUGCGGGGCCUGGUGCGGAUGCUGCAUGUGAAGACCGGCUUCUCCUGUGGGAGCAUACGGGCCCACAAGAAGGCCAUCGCCACCCUCUGCUUCAGCCCCACCCGCGAGACCCACCUCUUCACGGCCUCCUAUGACAAGCGGAUCAUUCUCUGGGACAUUGGGAUGCCCAACGAUGACUGCGAAUUCCAGGCCAGCCAGCUGCUCACACUCGACACCACCUCCAUCCCCCUGCGCCUCUGCCCUGUGGCCUCCUGCCCAGAUGCCUACCUGCUGGCUGGCUGUGAGGGUGGCUGCUGCUGCUGGGAUGUGCGACUGGACCAGCCACAGAAGAGGAGGGGCUGUGAAGUGGAGUUCACCUUCUCCGAGGGCACAGAGGCAUCCCGGCGGAGAGUGGACGGACUGGCAUUUGUGAACGAGGAUGUUGUGGCCUCCAAAGGGAACAGCCUGGGCAUCAUCUUCCUGUGGAGCUGGAGCCAGACCUGGGCAGCCAGGGGCAGCCAGGCCACCGUGGCGGUCGUUGUCCUGGCACGGCUCCAGUGGUCAACCACUGAGCUGGCCUAUUUCUCACUCAGCACCUGCCCUGGUCAGGGCACUGUGCUGUGUGGGGAUGAGGAAGGGAACGUGUGGGUCUACAACAUCCAACAUCUCCUAAACCAGCAGCCGCCACUGCCAGCAUCGCCCCAGGCCCCUGCACAGAUCCUCAAGUGGCCCCAGCCCUGGGCCCUCGGCCAGAUGGUGACCAAGACCAUGGUGAACACAGUGGUGGCCAACCCCAGCUUUACCUACCUCACUGCUCUGACGGACUCCAACAUUGUCGCCAUCUGGAAGAGGCAGUAG